AUGGGCGGAAGAAAGAAAACCACUGAGGUUAGUUUUACUCAACGUGUUUAUGACUCAGAUUCACUUGCAUUAGUCCAUGCAGAACAACCUAAGCCUUCAGCAACUGUUGCACCUAUAGUGUCUUCUUACAAUGAGAAGAUUCGUCCAGUUCUUGAUGCCGUUGAAAACCUUAGGCGCCUUAACAUUGCAAAAGAGGGGAUUCAGCUUCCUACCAUUGUUGUUGUUGGUGACCAAUCUUCUGGCAAGUCAAGUGUUCUAGAAUCUCUUGCUGGUAUUAGUUUGCCACGUGGCCAAGGAAUUUGUACCAGGGUACCCUUGGUUAUGAGGCUCCAAAACCACCCUCUUUCAAAGCCUGAACUUGUGUUAGAGUUCAAUGGUAAAAGCAUUUCAACUGAUGAAGCACAUGUUUCUGAUGCAAUAAAUAUUGCCACAGAAGAGCUUGCAGGCCUUGGAAAAGGGAUUUGCAACACCCCUUUGACUUUGUUGGUGAGGAAGAAUGGUGUUCCUGAUCUGGCAAUGGUUGAUCUUCCUGGGAUAACCCGGGUCCCAGUUCAUGGACAACCUGAGAAUAUUUAUGACCAGAUUAAGGACAUGAUCAUGGAGUAUAUAAAGCCAGAAGAAAGCAUUAUCUUAAAUGUUCUCUCUGCUUCUGUUGAUUUUACUACUUGUGAGUCCAUUAGGAUGUCUCAGAGUGUUGAUAAAACUGGAUUGAGAACACUGGCUGUGGUCACGAAAGCUGACAAGUCUCCUGAAGGCUUGUUAGAGAAGGUUACUGCUGAUGAUGUGAACAUUGGCCUUGGUUAUGUGUGUGUGAGAAACCGCAUUGGAGACGAGUCUUAUGAGGAAGCCAGAAUGGAAGAGAAUGUGCUGUUUGAGUCUCACCCACUUCUUUCCAAAAUAGAUAAAUCUAUUGUUGGUAUUCCAGUUUUGGCUCAAAAGCUGGUUCACGUUCAAGCUAUGAUUAUAUCCAAAACAUUGCCAGAGAUUGUGAAGAAGAUCAAUGAGAAGCUUGCUAACAAUUUGUCUGAGUUAGAAAAACUGCCUCAUAACUUGACCUCAGUAGCUGAUGCCAUGACUGCUUUCAUGCAAAUUAUUGGAUUAUCGAAAGAGGCACUUAGAAAGGUUCUUCUCAGAGGUGAAUUUGAUGAGUACCCUGAGAACAAAAAAAUGCAUUGCACCGCUCGGUUGGUGGAAAUGCUUGAUUCUUACUCACGUGAUCUUUACAACUGUGCUGAAAGUGAUGCCACAAAGAAUUUUCUGAUGGAUGAGAUAAAGGUCCUUGAGGAAGCGAAGUGGAUAGGUCUGCCUAAUUUCAUGCCACGCACUGCUUUUCUUACUAUACUGCAAAGGAAGGUCAAUGGCAUUGCAAAGAUGCCUAUAGGCUUUGUUGAUAAUGUAUGGAAUUAUCUUGAAGAAGUUGUGAUUUCUAUCCUAAUGCGUCACUCUGAGAAUUAUUAUCAGCUUCAGCUGUCAACAAAGCGUGCUGGUGAGGCUCUUAUUACCAAGAAGAAGGAAAAUUCAAUCAAGCAUGUUUUGGAAACUGUUGAAAUGGAGAAGCAUACGGAUUACACGUGUAACACCGACUUCAUGGAGCAAUACAAUAAGCUAAUAUCUCAGCAAGAUGUUUUUUUGAAUGCAGUUUUCAACAAUGUGGAUAAACCGUCUCGUGUGAAUCUUGAAGGAGUUGGGGAUAUUGAUGUUGGUCAUCUGAGGGCGUACACUUCAUCUGUGGUUACUCAAAGUUUUGAUUUAAAGGUAAGAAUGAUUUCAUAUUGGAAGAUUGUACAAAGGAGGCUGAUAGAUAGUAUUGCUCUUCAUUUGAUGCUUAGUAUUAACAAGCUUGUUAACAUGGAUUUGGAGAAAGAAAUUGUUUAUGAUCUGUUAUCUCCAAAAGGUGGUGGAGUUGAGAGAUUGCUGGAGGAAUCUCCUUCUAUUUCUGGCAAGCGUGAAAAGCUUCAAAGGAGUGUCAAUAUUUUGAGGGAGAGCAAGGAAACUGUUGCUAAUAUAAUGGAUCGAAUUGGAGCCUACGGUGAUGUUUAG